AUGUUGCCACAUCACUUCUUUCUUUCACCACCACCACCACCAUCCACCCCACUAUCUCAAGCCACGACCACCCGCGACAACGAUGUCGACAAUGCUGACAAUGCCAACGACUACCACGACAACGACACUGGCAAUGAUAACAACAACGAUGCUGAUGAUGACCACGGAUGGGUGGGAACGACGAUGACAAACAACGACAUUGACAUUGGCAUCUCUGUUCGCCCACCAGAUCCACCACCACGCCACACCAAUGUCAACGACCGCCCACCAAUGAAGACGAGCACCCACAGACGUCAACCAGCGUCCACAAAGACAAUGUGA